GUGCAAGCUACGGAUGCGGAUGAGGGAGACAACGCUCAGAUCACGUAUUCUCUUUUGGACCGCGCCAAUUUCAAAGUGGACUCGUUGACUGGUUGGAUUACUGCAAAUGUGGUGUUUGAUCGCGAGACGCGUGAUUCAUAUCAAACAACUGUUAUCGCCAUGGACCAGGGCAAACCACGCCAAUCCUCUUCCGUUCUGGUAAACGUCACCAUCCUGGACGUGAAUGAUCACGUGCCGACCCUUGUGCCCAACGAAGGUGAAUUGCGAUUUUUUAAUCGCGGUCCGUUGCCAACAGGACGUAUCGGACAACAAAACACGUUUGCUGUGGCAGAAAAUUCGCCACGUGGCACAUUUCUGGGAACUUUGGUGGCGUUGGACGGCGACUUGGGACGAAACGCGGACCUUGUUUUUGAACUGAUUAAUGAUUCUGUUUCGCAGUAUCAUAAGCGUUUUCAGUUAUCGGAAAAAGGCCUGUUGUACACCACCGUUUCGCUUGAUCGGGAAGAAAAGGAUCACUAUCGUCUUUCGGUGCGCGUGAGCGAUCGUGCCUUGGUGAAUCCACUCACAUCGACCGGCACGAUUGAUGUCCUCGUACAGGAUGUGAACGACAACAGCCCAAAUUUGGUUUCCCCGGCCGGGAUGCUUCCUUUGGAUCAGAUCACACCGGACAGUAAACCCGAACCGACCGUUCAGUUAUCUGUGAACGAGCAACCCGGUUUUGUUGUCACUAAGAUCCGAGCUGAAGAUCCGGACGCCGGUUCGAACGGACGUGUGAUGUACUACUUGGAGGAACUGAAUGGACCACAUCCAAUCAGUGCGCAAAGCCAAAAACCGUUACUCCAAAUUGAUCCUCAAGAAGGAGAUAUCGUAUUGCAACGUUUCAUGUCGUCAAGUGAUUUGGGCAUGAGAUAUUUUCAUGUGCGUGCGGUGGACGGAGGUCAGUCGGAUGCCAGAACAGACAGUAAGAUACUAGUGUUGUCGAUCGUGGACUUGCCCAUGGGUGAAUUGUAUUCGAAAAAUUUACAUGCUUCAAACUACUAUCCGAGCAACGGGACCAGUUACGCCUUCCGUUUGUGGAGUUUUGGUGGUCCACGAAACACGGUCAUGAUCAGUCUGCUCGCAAGCAUUUCCGGUCUUUUAGCAGCAAUUCUAAUUAUUGCAAUUGCAUGCGUCCUGAAGUCGAAAAACCGCCGCCGCCGUCGCCGCAGUCAUGGCCUAUUGUGUUGUAGACGUGGUCGACGUCGACGAACAGCGUAUAACGGUACCGGUGGGUCAGUUGUUGGGCCUCCGGAAAUCGUCCCGCCAGAGAAUCGGAACGGUACAAAUGGGAGCUACAUGCACCACCACCAACACCACAACCCUCAUGAUUUGAGUCACAUGAUUCAACCUAACGGAACACACUAUACCGGUCCGCCUGCAGGACUCAAUUUGUCCAUGUUGUUAGAAGACUGGCAACCUGGACGUAAUGGUACCGAUGCUGCCGGCGGUGGGCUUCCACAUAUAUAUCAACAUCCUCACCAUCCGUACGAUGGAUCGGGUGUACACGAUGUUUCACUAUUUUGUUCGAACGAGCCCAAUCUAACUAGUAGUUUCCCGCAGUACGCAAUCACUAAUUCCUGGCGGCAGACAGUGAAUAGAUCCACAGAAAGUGGACUGGAGGAACAGCCCACUUCGGACUCGGGUCGUGGUGGAAGCGAAGAAGACGAUCAACCGAAUUCAGGUCGAAAAGCCCAGAUUGUCCGACCGACCAUGCUUCUAACGAAUACGGACGCAUUCACCAAUACGGAUAUGCAUCAAACCUUACCAUGGCAAACCGACCAGAACGGGAUCGGAUGCAUCAAAUCGGAUCAUUUCGGUUCAACAGUCGUCGACCAUUUAUCCCCCUUCUCUGUAAAUAAAGUUCCAUUGGUUAAAAGUAACCUUGUACAAGAGCAGCAGCAGCAGCAGCAACAACAACAACAACAACUCCAACAGAUAUACUACCCCCAUUAUAAUCAACAACAAUUUUUCUAUCCACAAGAAGCCGAAAAAAUUCAAUGCAUUUGA